UGUUGACUGUUGAGAUUAGGUCUGCUGUGAGUUCCUUGCAUUCUCACAUUCAGCACAGCUCUGAGUAAGGGGGUGGAAGGAAGAGGAGGGAGGAGUUAGCCUCAUGUAAAUGCAGCCAUAUGUCCGGCUGUUGGAAAACUAACAGAUUUUCCUCCAGUGUCAACAGGAAGCAAGAAGAGGACUGGGAGCAAGCCUGCCUGCACAUCAUGUGGCUGACUCUUCUCUACAGCUGCACAGGUGGAGCAGCUCUUCUGUAUGCUCUGUACAGAUGGGUGAUCCCCGCAGCUGUGCAGUAUCACGGAGGGUUGGCCCUAUUGUGGCACGAUAUAAUUGUGGAGCGAAUGCUGGACACGCUGACCCAGUCCACACGUCCUCAGCGACUCUUAGGUGCAGUACAGAAGAAUGCCACUAGAGGAGACCCUCGCAGCGUGGUCAAAGCCAUCGAUGAGUUCUGCAGACACAAGGAGUGGGCCAUGAAUGUGGGGGAUGAGAAAGGCUGCAUUCUGAUUCAGUGGUAUCUGAAUUGAACCCAGCCACUGUUUUUAGAGCUGGGAACCUACUGUGGCUACUCUACGGUGAGGAUUGCCAGCCUGCUGCCCCCACACGCCAAGCUCAUCACUCUCGAAUUUAACCCAGACUAUGCCAAAAUUGCUUGUCAGGUUAUUGCUUGGGCAGGAUUGGAGGAUAAGAUCCAGUUAGUUGAAGGAUCAUCUCCUGAGUGGAUCCCCAAAAUGAAGGAGCAUUUUGGGGUGAAAAUGUUGGAUUUGGUUUUCAUGGAUCACUGGAAAGAUGAUUACCUUCCUGACACAAAGCUGUUAGAGGACUGUGGCCUCCUAAGGAAAGGCAGUGUCUUGCUGGCAGAUAACGUCAUCUGCCCUGGAAGCCCCGACUACCUCAAGUAUGUUCGACGCAGCCCGAGAUACAAAAGUCAGUACUUCAGAUCUCAUCUGGAGUACACCAAAGCGGAGGAUGGCUUGGAGAAAUCAGUCUUCUUAGGGUAGUUUUAAGAAAAAAAAUCCCUGUUUACAUAGGUACUAGUAGACCUCCAGAGUCUUGGGUUUACAGACUCUACAAGUGCAAAGGAGUGUGUGUGUGUCUGUGAGGUGCGUGUGUUUUAAAUGUCAUAAACUGAAAUUAAAAGUGACGUAAAAAAAAAAAAAGCUGUGUGUUAUGAGCUUUAAUGCCCAGUGUAUGAAGACUUGAUGCACUCUUUGAGAUGUCUAUACCGAUACAGUAGAUGGUAGUAAUGACACAUUCAAUCUUCUAAUUGACAGAUGAGCUGCAAACUGAUAUGGGGGCAGGUUUUUUCCCAGAGCAUCAACUCAAAUCAAUAAUAAAUCUAAUCCAGCUGCAUUCUGUGGUGCAGAAACCUAUUUUGUGCUCUCAUAUUCUCCACCAUUGUGCCAGUGUUGACAGGUGUGUGAAGGCAUGUGUGUGUGUAUGUGUGCACAGAGGGAGAGUAUGAAUCAAAUCGCUGCUCAUCUAAUCUCUCAAAGUGACUGAGGUCC